UUUAGAUGGAUGUGAAUGGUGUUGUUGAAGUCGUGCCGUGCGGGGUUGGCUGACUAUAAAUUGGGGAAAGAGGAGUUUCAGUUUCCAAAAUUCAAACACCAAUUUAUUGAAACAGUUUUAUUGAGAAUUGAGAGAGCAUCAAAGCAAAGCAAAGCAAUGUCGACUUUGAGCGUUCCGCCUGUUCUUACCUCUCCUAGAGACGAUGCUAUUCAGCUUUACCGUGCUUUUAAGGGGCUGGGAUGUGAUACUGCAGCAGUGGUCAAUAUUCUUUCCCAUCGUGAUGUGACACAGCGAUCUUUCAUCCAACAUGAGUAUAAAACAAUGUAUUCUGAAGACCUACUCAAACGACUGAAGUCGGAGCUCAGUGGAAAACUAGAGACUGCUGUCUUGCUAUGGAUGCUUGAUCCUGCGGAACGUGAUGCAACAGUCAUUAAGCAAGCUAUUUUAUCGGGUGUAACAAAUCUUUUUGCUGCAACUGAAGUUAUAUGUUCUCGCACCCCAUCCCAGAUUCAAUUAAUUAAACAAAAUUACCAUUCAAAGUUUGGGGUUUUGCUUGAGCAAGAUAUUGCAGUACUCACCUCUGGUGAUCAUAAAGAGCUCUUGCUUGCAUAUUUAAGCACCCACCGUCAUGAAGGCCCUGAAGUUGAUAGAGAGAUGGCUUUGAAGGAUGCAAAGACUCUCUUUAAAGCAGGAGAGAAGAAAUUGGGAACUGAUGAGAAGAAAUUUAUCCGCAUAUUUAGUGAAAGAAGUAGGGCACAGCUAGCUGCUAUUAGCUCCGCUUAUCAUGACAUGUACGGAGGCUCCUUGAAAAAGGCAGUAAAGAGUGAAACAUCUGGGGAGUUUGAGCAUGGUCUUUUGACAAUUUUAAAAUGCUCACAGAAUCCUGCAAAGUAUUUCGCCAAGGUACUACAUCAGGCAAUGAAAGGUCUGGGAACCAAUGACACUACAGUCAUAAGAGUAAUCGUGACGAGAACUGAGAUCGAUAUGCACUACAUAAAAGCUGAGUAUCUGAGGAAAUACAAAAAGUCCUUAAACGAUGCAGUUCAGUCGGAAACAUCGGGCCACUACCGGACUUUUCUUCUUUCUCUUUUGGGACCAAGCCAUUAGUGUCAAGGUUGUGGAUAAGGGUAGGAUAUACACGUGUAAUUCAAGUAAAGCUUAAAUGAAAAUGUUUGAGUGGAUCCAGUUCUGUUCAUUUAGUUUGAUUGUAUUUGUCUAAUAUUUGUGAAAUGGCGAGUGAUUGCUGUUUUUGUGUAGUGAUGUCAGUCUCACCAUGUAGGGUUGAGAUUUUGUGUAUUAUUCUUCUGGUACACUAAUCACCAUCGGUGUAGGAUCUACCCAUGAAAUGUAUAUUUCAUUCUUAUGGAGUGUGAAAUUGUAUUGAGUAUUAAUGGACUGAAUGAUAAAAACUAACAGUUGCCGUGUUUGCCUUCCA